GAUGGCAGUUCGUUUGGCGUUCUGCUUUGUCGCCUGCGGGGCAGCUCUCUCCGCGGGAUGGGACUUCACGUUGGGUCAUGAAAUGUGAUGAUCACGUUGCGCGUCAGCCGGCGCCCGAGAACGGCGCCGCGCAUGCGCGUCCCGGACGCACGUGGAGCCGCCGCCUGGGCGAGAGCGGGUCCGUGUCGACUUGGCGCGCGGACGCUGCCCUCGAGGAGCGCCGAGCAGAGUCUGGAGUUGGGAGGAGCUAACACGCAGCUUGCUAUCCCUCCAGACUACAUACCUAAUGUCCCCGAUGGCUGCUGCUCCGCAGGCUCCGGCAAGGGGAUCUGUUCGGAAGACAAGGCCUUUGGUUGUGAAGACCUCCUUGGCCAACCCCUAUGCUGUCUCCUGGAGUGCUCUGGAGAGAGAGGACAUGCACUUUAUAUUGCAGACACUGGAAGACAGAUUGAAGCAGAUUGGACUUCAGAAGAUUGAGGAUAAGAAGAGAAGGAAAAAACUGCCUUCGUUCAAAAACCAAAGCAGAGAAAGCUGUAACACAGAUGUCAGAGUUAGUGAGGAGCUGAAAGAUGAUAACCCACAGGUGUCAGGGUGGACUUGCGUGCACACCAGGAAGCAGCUAGCCAUUGGAGUUAACGAAGUGACCAGAGCCUUGGAAAAGAACGACCUGCUUUUAGUGCUGGUGUGCAAGUCAGCUAAGCCUGCCCUCAUCACCUCGCACCUGAUUCAGUUAAGCUUAAGCAGAAGUGUGCCUGCUUGCCAGGUGCCUCGCCUCAGUGAGAGGAUUGCACCCGUCAUUGGCUUAAACUGCGUCUUAGCCUUGGGGUUCAAAAAGGGUACCACUGACUUUGAGAAUGAAAUCAAAGCUAUCAUACCCAGAGUACCUCCUUUAAGUGUCCCAUGGCUCCCAGACAGAAUUGAAGACCUGAGGGACAAUCUAGAGACCGAAUCUUCAGAAGGGCCCGACAAAGAGACCAUAGACGCUUCAUUUGAAAACCUCUCAUCACAUAAGAGGAAGCUAGUUGAAGGUCAGCAGACUCCUGCUGUAAUAUUACAACCCCUGAAAAUAAAGAAAUUAAUUCCAAACCCUAAUAAGGUAAGGAAACCACCCAAAAGUAAAAAGACAACUUCAAAGUAACCGUGUACAAAAUACAAACCUGUCACCUUGUAAUUGUAAACCAAUACCUGGAAAGAAAUGGUGGGACCAAUAAAAUGAGCCACUUUUAUUACA